UCUCCACCUUUCACCACUUCCAGCUGCAUGUAUGGUCUUGGAGAAACUAACCAAGAACACAGCGUCACUUCCCAAAUCCCCAAAGAAUUAACCAAUCCAAAUCCCCAAAUUGACCACGGUGGAGCUCGGGCGUGCAUCCUGGGUACCUCGCCAUGGAUGCAACGAUCGGAGAUCCGACCGUAGCGUCGUCCGUGGAGCGGGUGUUCGAGAGUCAGCUCCUGCCGGGGAUAUGGGGGCAGGUGACCUUCCGGUCGAUGGCCAUCUCGGUGGUGCUCGGGACCGUCUUCGGCUUCGUUGGCCUACGCAUCAUGAUGAAGGCCGGCAUCAUACAGGCGCUGAACUUGCCCAUCAACGUCCUCAGCUUCUUCUUCCUCAAGUGGUUCAUCAACCUGCUGCGGGCCUUCGGCUUCACCACGCUGCCCUUCUCACGCCAGGAGAACGUUCUCAUCCUCACCACCGUCACCACAUGCCUCAACGUAGCAAUAUCCGGUGGCUUUGCGAAUUAUGUGGUCGGAAUGACUUCUCUUGUGGCCAAAUCACUUGGAGUAGAAAAUCCAGACCCAAGAGAUGUUGUUGACAACUUUCCGACGGGACGAUGGAUGUUGUUCCUUUUCGUUAUUAGUAUGGUGGGUAUUAUGACUAGCGUGCCAUUGAACAAGGUCAUGAUUGUUGACUACAGGUUACUUUUCCCAACAGGAACUGUCCAAGCUCACCUAAUAAAUAGUUUUCACACCCCUCAAGGAGCUCACGUAGCAAAGUUGCAGGUUUCGACUAUAUUCAGAUUUUUCCUGGGUAGCUUUUCUUGGACUGUAUUCUCAUGGCUAUAUAGUGCAGGCGACAACUGUGGAUUUGCCAACUUUCCAAUGUUUGGACUAGAAUUAUACAAGCACAGAUUCAAAUUUGAUUUCUCUCCAACAUUUCUCGGCGUUGGAAUGAUUUGCCCACAUGUUAUAAAUCUCGCUCUGCUCUUCGGAGGCAUCGUAUCUUGGGGAUUAGUAUACCCUUUUCUUGAAACAAAACAUGGAGAAUGGUAUCAUACUGAGAGUCCUUCGAGUUUGCAGGGAAUGAAUGGAUACAAGGUCUUCAUUUGCAUAACAAUUAUCAUCACGGAUGGCUUAUUCAACUUCCUUACAAUAAUUAUCACAUCAUAUAUUGACCUUAAGCACAAACAGGAAGAAAAUGAUUCAGGGUUGAGUAGCUACAUGAAAAGGCAUCCUAGCCUUAACUACGAUGAAUGCAAAAGGGUUGAAGUAUUUCUUCAAAAUAAAAUUCCUCUAACUAUAUCAGUGGGAGGAUACAUCGCGAGUGCAACAAUCUCUAUAAUCGUUAUCCCAUGGUUAUUCGAUCAGAUAAAAUUCUAUCAUGUUGCCACAUUGUAUAUUAUUACGCCGGUCAUUGCGUUCGCAAAUACAUAUGCAAAUGGACUUACAGAUUGGUCGGUUGGAUACACAUAUGGCAAGUUCACAAUAUUUGUCGUCGCGGCAUGGAUUGUCAAGGCGGGUGCAGUUGUUGCUGGCCUUGUAGCUUGUGGAAUAAUGAUAGCAGCUCUUCAUAUUUCUUCACAAGCAACACAAGAUAUCAAGACAGGUUACAUGACACUAACCUCAGAAAGAGCUAUGGUAAUUGGGCAAAUUGUGGGUGUAAUCAUUGGUUCUAUUGUUAACCCAUGCAUCUUUCUUGCCUUCCAAAAAGGUGAAAAACCCAACGUUUCUAUUGGAUCUCCAGAAUCACACUUCCCAUGUCCUUUUGCUGGACUAUUUCGUGCCAUUGGGGUGAUUGGCACUGGAGGAGUGAAAGAGCUCCCUGAUUAUUGUCUUGCAAUGUGCUUUGCUUCAUUUUGCAUAACAAUUGCCACAAAUGUGCUUUCAUUGGUAUCUCAGAGAAAAGGUUGGAGAAUACACAAGUAUCUUCCUAAUAUGACGGUGGUUGCAUUGCCAUUUUUUGCGGGGCCUGACUUCACCAUAGAUAUGUGCCUAGGUAGUGCAGUGUUGUUUAUCUGGACUAGAAUGAAUAGUAGAAGUGCAGAUUUGUUGUCCUCAGCUGUUGCAGCAGGCCUUAUAUGUGGAGAAGGACUAUUUGCAUUGCCAUCAGCGGUACUCGGCAUAUUCAGCGUGCAGCCACCAAUGUGCAUGAAGUUCUUUCCUAGUGGAAAAGAAGUUGAUGUGGUUGAUUCCUUCUUAAAUAAUUUGGAAACACCUACAAGGACAUGAGAAAUGUAAUUAUAGGAAAAAUUACAUAAUUUUGUAGGUUACCAGGGAGAUGAACUAUGGAUACUUAUUCUUAGACUAAUCCAACAACUAAUUCAAUUCCAUAUCUUAAAUGGGUCGCAAAAGAUGAAAAUAUAUGUUGUCUAUGGACAUCUAUGAAAUUUUAAUCA